AUGGCCCGCCGCGGACGAGACGAGCGCUGGCCGCACGCGGCCAUCAUCACACUGCGCACCUUCCAGCUCAUCUUUGCCGCCCUCAACCCUCUCUUCUCCGCGAUGUUUGGCAGCGGCUUCUUCCUCUACCUCUUCGCCCUCGGCAUCACCACAAUCAUCUACAUCAUCACCUGCCUCAUCUGCUACUGCUGCGGGAAGAUGCACCCCCUCUCGCUGGCCAUCAUCGACUUUAUCGGCUGCUUCCUGUGGGCGUUUGGGGUUGCGAGCGCGGGGUACGGGUGGUAUGGGGACGGGUAUGGGUAUGGGGGCGGGUCCGGGCUACUGACGGUUGCGGUGGCGCUGAUUGAGCUGUUCUUCUUUAUCGCGACGACGGUGAUUGCGGGGUUGGUGGUGAGGGCGGAUAGGAAGAAGGCGAAGCGGGCAGCGGCGGUGGUGUCGGUGUCGGUGGUGCCCGGGAGGGUGGAGGCGGCGGCUUGA